AUGAGGAAUGUACUGCUGCUGUCCCUUGCGCUGCCCGCCCUAGGCGGUCUGCACCUCGUACAACGAGAUUCACCCGCAGUCGUCUCGCUCGAUAUUCAACGCAAGCACGUCGCAGACCCCGUCGCCAGAGACAGAGCCCGUCGCAAGCGCGAUCUGACCGUCAGCGAGACCUUGCUCAACGAGGGCACGCUCUACUACUGCAAUGUCUCGCUGGGCACUCCCCAACAGGACCUGCGCCUGGUGAUCGAUACCGGCAGCAGCGAUCUGUGGUGCAAUACACCCUCCUCCGCCCUCUGCAAGUCUCAGGGUGACCCUUGCAAGGCCACCGGGUCCGGCACCUACAAUCCCAGCUCGUCCUCAUCCUACGCGCUCGUCUCCGAUGAUUUUAACAUCAGCUAUGCCGACGGCUCGGGCGCCGUCGGCGAUUAUGUCACCGAUACCCUGCACAUUGGGGGUGCUACGCUCAAGGACUUCCAGUUUGGUGUGGGCCUCAAGUCCGGAUCAGCAGAGGGCGUCCUAGGCAUCGGUUAUCCCGCCAACGAGGUCCAGGUCGGCCGCAAUGGCCAAUCGGCCUACGCCAAUCUGCCCAUGGCAAUGGUCCAGAAGGGUUUGAUUAAGUCGAGUGCCUACAGUCUGUGGCUGAACGACCUGGACGCCAACACUGGCUCCAUCCUGUUCGGCGGCGUCAACACCGAGAAGUUCCAGGGCACACUCGAGACCCUCCCGAUCCAAAAGGUCGGCGGGAUCUACGCCGAGUUCGUCAUUGCGCUCACGGGGGUCGGGGUGAAAAAUUCCUCGGGCCACCACAGCUACUCGUCCAACGCAUUGCCCGCGGCCGUCUUGCUGGACUCGGGAAGCUCACUCACCUACCUCCCCACGGCGAUCGUCCGGGAUAUCUAUGAACAAUUGGACGUGCUGUAUGAGCCCUCCGAUGGCGUGGGAUAUGUUCCGUGCAGCAUGGCCGAGGACGACAUCACCUUUACCUACACUUUCUCGUCCCCGACAAUCAAUGUCGGUAUCCAGGAGUUGGUCAUAGAUACCGGGGAGGACCUGCACUUCUCGAAUGGGAAGAGCGCAUGCAUGUUCGGCAUCGUCCCCGCGGGCGACAGCACGUGUGUCCUGGGGGACACGUUUCUGCGGAGCGCGUACGUGGUCUAUGACCUUGCCAACAAUGAGAUCUCGUUGGCCAAUACCCGCUUCAACACCACCGGUGGGAACGUCCUGGAGAUUGGCACCGGCGACGACGCGGUUCCCAGCGCGACCGCGGUGGCACACCCGGUGACCACCGUGUCGGUCGAAGGUUCCGGAGCUCGUCUGGGGCAGCCGCAGGGAUCGGGCAGCCUCGGUUCGCUGACGAGCAACGCGGCGACCGUGCCAACCGGUAUGCCGAACCCUUUGGCGCUAGGGCUCAUAGGCGCAGGCUAUCUAUUAGCAUUGUAG